CAACACUAAUACAGUCACUUGUUUUUUAAUAAUUUCAAGGAAAAUGCUGAAAAUUGGAAAAUUAAUAGCUCAGAAAGCUACGGUAGCCAAUAUUGUUGGCAAAGGACCAUUAGCAGCUGCAACUCGCUUUUAUUCGGAAUCCGCCCAACAGCCAGAUUCGGAUUUACCAAUUGACAUUACGAAUCCUUAUGAAAAGGACCCUCAAAAGUGUAUUUUGUGCAAGCACAACAUUGCCCCGCACUACAAAAAUGUAAAACUGCUGUCUCAAUUCCAAUCGCCAUAUACGGGUCGCAUUUACGGCCGGCACAUAACUGGAUUAUGCAAGAACAAGCAGGAGCAGGUGGAGCAAGCGAUUCUUCGAGCCCAGCAGUGCCUCCUGAUGCCUGGCUAUCACAAGGAUCUUGACUUCUUGCAGGACCCCAAGCUCUUCGACCCGGAGAGACCAGUCCGACCACACAAGUACUAGAUUACAAUGAGUUUUCGGUGUUAUUUUAAUUGGAAUUAUAUUUAACAGUUUCUUAAA